AUGGCUUUCAAAAGCAACGAAACGCGCGCCGCGAUGAGAAAGCAAUGUCGAGAGGCGCUAUCUGCACAUAUCUAUAAUCGACUUGGCCUUGAUGUUGCACCCAGCCAAGUUCGCCUCCAGCCACUAGUCGAGGACGGAUACGCCUGGUCAGUGACGGAAUCCAAGAAAUCCUUACUGCAGUCGAGCCUAAGCAAUGGGACCGUCGGUCUAUUUCGGGCUAUAUGUGAAGAAUUGGGCCGGUCGCUCGAAGCAGUUACACCGCAGACCUUACACGAUUCUAACUCGGGGCGGGACGAUGAUCCAGGGGAGGAUGAAGAUCUGGGGGUUAAGCUCGAUCGUACUCGGGCCCGGCUAGACAACGCGCACAGCAAAAGCGAUCGGUUCCAGAAAAAGUCUCAUCGGCUUCGGGCUGAGCUUAAAGCCAGCUUACCCCGAACCAGUCGGCUAGAGACUGAAUUGACGCGCGUCAGAGCGGGAGUCACCGAGGUGAUGAAGGCUUUACAAAGCCAUGGGAACCAGAACAGUAGCUCGCCGGCGGAAGAACACAAUCGGAAUUGA